ACUCACACACUACUCCUGCAACAUUAGUGAGUGACUGACUGCAUGAGAGUGUGUGGGACAGACUCUAUACACUCCCACGGCCGCUCAGCGCCAACAAUAAGGAGUUUAUUCAACGUCCCGCUGCUGCUUUCUAUUUGUUUGUCACUAACUUCGUAUCUACUCACGUCUUAGGAAUGCCAUGGCUACUCAGAAUAACCAGGAUUACUUCAGGUCGGUCAGCAGCGAGUCCACCACAUACAUGAUGGUUCCGGCGAACAGCCGUGGUCGAGACUCGCCGUCAAAGUUAUGGAUCGCAAUGGUCGUGAUCGUGGUGGUCGUGCUGCAAAUAGCCUCGACCACAGGACUCUUUGUCUACUUAAACAUGUCUUUAUCGCAGGUUAAGAGUCAGGGGGUUACAGAAGAGCUGCGGUGCCUUGGCUUGCUUAACGCCCUGGAUAAAGACCGGGACAUUCCCGAAGACCUGGCCCAACUGUUUGGAGAGCCUUGCAUCAAACUAGCUGAGGGUAUCAAGUCCUAUAUUUCCAAGGUUACAGACAGCAUCAUCUCCAAACAGGCUUUACAUGAAGCAAGAGCCAUGCCCCAUUCAUAUAACACAUCAGGGUCAAAGUUCAUGACCACAGUGACACAGAGGCCAUCAGCCCACCUGACCCUUGGCAGCCUACCAGGUGGUGCUCAGUACUCCACCCCUCAAGCAGACCUGCACCAGUCCUGCCGCCAUCCUGUACGUUCCUGGGCCAACCAGAGCUUCGGCGCUCAUCUGCACAACAUGACGCUGGCCAACGGGCGCCUUCGCGUACCCCAGGAUGGCCGCUACUACCUGUACUCCCAAGUGUACUUCCGCUACCCCUCUCCCAGCGAGGGGGAACAAAACAGCGUGAGCCACCAGCUGGUCCAGUGCAUCUAUAAGAAAACCUCCUACCUGAGGCCGAUUCAGCUUCUGAAGGGAGUGGGGACCAAAUGUUGGGCUCCAGACGCAGAAUACGCCCUUCACUCAGUGUACCAGGGCGGCCUGUUUGAGUUGCGAGCGGGAGACGAGGUCUUCGUGUCUGUCUCGUCUCCUACGAUGGUGUACGGCGAGGACUCUUCUAGCUAUUUCGGAGCUUUCCGUCUGGAUCUAUAAGAGCACGUCAGAGGAACUGGAUCGGGACGACAUUACCCGCCGGGUGGAGCGUUUCGGAGCUGCGACCCAAAGAGAAAAGACUCAUUUUAAUCGUUCAAAUUUCCUUUCUUUGAGACUUUGAAUAUGUGAAGGAUGCAUGAAUGAGAGACAUUUCGGACAAGGUUAUUUCUUUUAUAGACAGAGGAAUGUAUGUAUAUUUCUACAAAUCACAUCAAAGAUGUGAAUCUUUGAAACGGUAGCAAAACAAUGAACGAACAGGAGAGACAAAAACUCACAAAGUGAAUCUGUGCCAACGGUGUGUAAACGCUUUGAUGCGUCAACUCCGCUCGCUCUCGUCCGCUGGAGGGGAAUGUUUUUUGUGUACGGCGGAUUUUUUAAAAACAGAGAUAUGAGAAGAGAAUGAUGACAGUGGGAAUGUGGAGGAAAGAAAGAUGAGAAGGGGAAGUAUGUAGCUCUACCAGCCUCAAAGGAGCAUCCUGGCAGGUUGCAGUAGUGUGGAAUUCUCCCCGUCCUGUCGGACCAGCGGAGCAGCAUGCCCGGACAAGAAAAGGACCUAAAAAAAGUUCACACGCACACAUAAACACAGAGGAAUUCAGCUUGUUAUAUAGACUGCAUUUGAAAACACUUGUACUCCUCAGAGUAUUUAUGGCUUCCAAACAUGCAAAACACAGCGAUAAGAUAAAAACACAUUCGUUCAGCCUCAGACGCAAAUCACUUUUACAGGUCUCCCUCUGCUGUCUGGUCCAGGGUGCAGGAGGAAGUACUGUCAGGGAGGGACACGUGCUCUCCUGCUCACGUGGUCACGGCCACACGAAAAGUAAAAUAAACACUACGAUACACGGUUUGUUGAAAUGUCGCGCCCAUUUAAUGCUUUGUUUUUUUUUCUCGUGCUGCACACAUAAAAAAAAAACACACCCUACGUGCCCAGAAAAACACUUUUCUGAUAUGUGGCGCUUCAUACUUGUACAUCCUUUUCUUUAUGUGGUUGGUUGGUUCAACCUGUGUAUAUAUUGUAUUUAAUUCAGAAUCAUGAGGUUUGGAAUUGAAUGUAUGAGCGUUGUGAUGUCGCAUGAAAAUCCCACAAAAUGAGGCCCCCGCGGUAAACGUAAAAGCCGUGGCGCUCUCAAAACGAAACGGCGCUGUGAAUCUUGAUUUUUUUCCGGAGGAAAAAGUGUUGUUUUUUUAAAAGAGGAGUGGGUGGGGGUGAUUACUUUCCACUGUAAAUGAUCAAGUGCUGUCACAAUGGUGUUUCUGAGAGCGAGCACAAACACUCGCUUGGGUUUCAUUCUAAACCACGAGUGUGUUUUCUUCUCUCUGGACUUUCCCCCAGUUUUUACUGAUAAAGUCAGUGAGGAAAAGGGCCCCUGCCAAGACAGUGCCUUAAAUCACAUUAUACAGCGAGAGCGAUCGAGCCAAGACUCUUUGUGGCAUUUAGCUAUGGACAUAAUGCUAGUUAGACUACACAUUACAAAACUUUACUGACUCUUAUCAGCAAUUUGUCUGGAUAAAGAAACUCGGACUUUGAUUUAAAUCCAAAGAUGGAGAACAAAUUGCCGGAAGUGCAUUUCUUUUGACUGGUAUAAUGUGCCGCAAUGCCAAAAUGUCCCCAUACAGGGUGCCUUUUUAGGUCUAGGGAAUGUGACGUCAGAUACCACUAGGUUUUGUAUGUGUAAAAGUGCCUUUAGGUUGUCGUUAUGCACUGAUCUGAGAACACUUUUAAUUUAAACACUAUCAUGUUAAGGGAGGUACAAAGCGUUUUAGAUCAGUGUUGAAGUCAUCCAUGACCUCAUCGAUGCUUAGAACCCAUCAUUAACCACAUCAUCUUGCAGCCCAGUGAGCCCUAAUGAAAAAUUGUCAUCAUUUACUCUCAUGUCCUCCCAAACCAAUAUGACGAAGAUGAAUUGUAGAUUUGUUUUUUGUCCAAACAAUGAAAGUCAGUAGGAUAAUGAACAACAUCAAACUGAAAUGUUUGGAAAAAAGCAUUCUUUAAAAUGUCCUUUGUGUUCUGCAGAAGAAAGAAAGUCAGUCAUACAGGUUUGGAACAAAUUGAAAGGAAAGUAAAUGAAAGAAUUUUGAUUUUUGGGUGAACAUUCCCCAAUGGAACCUGGAUAAACCCACUAAUUCGCACUAACUGAGCUUAUUAUCCCAGUCAAUCUGCUCCGGCCCGUCCAGGGUCAUGUUUGAGUGUGCACAUGCGUAAACAAGUCGAAAUAUGUACCUAUCUGUACAACAUGGAGGUCGUAGUGGGGUGAGGGGUGGCCAAGAAAAAGAAAUAUGGCUGAAUUCCAUCGGAUCUAGACGGAUUACUGCAGGACUUGCCCUCUGAACCACGAAGAACCACAAUGUGAACACAGAAGACUAAUGUACGUUAGGUGCGUAUAUACGCGAGUGUAUUUUUUUAAUGAAUUGCUUGACUGGUUUCUAAAACAGUGGAUAUGAUAGUUUGCAUGCUAUAAAUCUCACGGAGUUCUGUGGAUACUUUAUGGGACUGCUGUGAAAAACUUAAGGGGGGCAGAACACCGUGAAAUCCAGUGAGCAACAUGAACUGUCAGUUAAAAACAAAAAGACUAUUGUGUUUCCUUUUCCAGCCAGAGGUUUUUUUUUUCUCGGGAUUGUUAAAUUCUCUGACCACCGAUCUGUGGACUGUUUUCCAUUUAAAGAAAGCAGUUAUGCACUGUUUACCAAUGUUGCGUCUCCAUAUUGGUAAGAAUGUACUGAUAUCUCUCACACUCUCCAUCUUUAUUGUAUCAUUUUACAAUGUCUUAUCUGUGUUGUAAAAACAGAAGUUCAAGGUGUCAUUUUCAACAAUUAAAGUGCCUUUUUGAAUCAUGA